AUGAGCUCAUCUUGGCUACUGCCGCAGGUAGGGUGGGUUAAAUACAACGUGGAUGGUUCGGUAUGGGCUUCUGGUGAGGCGGCGUGUGGCGGGGUGCUACGUGAUAGCUCUGGCCGGUGGUUACAAGGUUUCUGUAGACGUCUGGGGACAUCAAAUGCUCUUCUUGCAGAACUUUGGGCCAUUUGGGUAGCAGUGGAAUCGUUGAGGGCUGUUAGCUUUCCUAAAGUUGUGAUUGAAAGUGACUCGAAGGAGGCAAUUGCAGCGAUAGAGAGCUCAGGAAGCCUUUUUAAAACAACGAAUCCUAAGAAUUUCUGCGUCAUACCAAACAUUGGUAUCAUCGCGCCACAAGGAACGUGUGAUGUUACUGUAAGCAUGCAAGCUCAGCAGACAGCUCCUCUUGAUUUUCAAUGCAAAGACAAAUUCCUCAUUCAAAGCACGAUUGCUCCCUUAGGAGCUUCCCUAGGAGACAUCUUUUCCAAAAAUAGUAGUGGCUUUCAGGAGAAGAAGCUGAGGGUAGCAUUGCUUCCACUAGCAAACGAAGAUUUGAAGCAGGAGGAUCAGCAUCCAUCCAAUUCCAACCAAAUUCAUGUGAAGCAGGAUGAUCAGGAUCCAUCCAAUUCCAACCCAAAUGAAGCUGCACAACUGAGCUUGCCUAAGGCUAUUGAGAAAUUAAAUAAGGAAGUUGAGGAAUUGAAGUUAAAUCUGAGUGUCAUGGAUUAUAAACUAAGAGAGCCCUCUAUGAUAAUGGAUUUUUUCCUAACAAAGUUCUCGGGGCCCCUUGCUGAGCAAUUGAGGUUGAUGAUGGAAAUAGAGGAAUUGAAGUCAAGGAUGAAUGUAAUGGAUUUGAAACUAAGUGUGCUCCCUGAGAAAAUGAGGAUGCAGAUAGAUAUAAUUCAGAUAUUGUCCUCGUAUUUCCCAAAUGAUAUUGAGGAGAUGGACAUUGUUGAGGGUAUGGGCAAUGAUAUCGAGGAAUUGAAGAGAAAGAUGGAAGCAAAUAACAGACACUUCUCAUCAUUUGAAUGA